UUACUAUAUUGCAUACGAGUACAUGAGUGUCAGUGCACAGAGAGAUCAGAUCAUCCGUGCAAAGAUUCUAACCGUGUGAUCAGUAACACGUGAAGGGCGAAAGAGCCAGCCAUCAUCGUAUCGUGAUCUUCCCUCAUGAUCUACAAGAAUCUCAGAUUUCGUCACCGGUUAAUGAUCGAUACCACCACACGAGACUCGUGCCUGCCGGCUGGGUCCGUCAGCCCACCAAUUUUUUAAUACUAGUCCCUUCUCCCCUUCGUGUGGUCCUGUAACCGUCGUCCGCCACGUGGGGACUUCUUGGGGCGCACGGCGUUUUCAUUCGCCGUACCGUGUCUUUUGACGUGCACACCACUUGGGCCAGUACAGUACAAGCAGUUAGCGGCCGCACGCCUGCAGUCUUCUGGGCGCUGCCCUAAAUCAUGUAUGUAAGGUGGAUGGAUAUGUUUGCUUUUGCUGAUUACUUUUUGUAUUUGUGUGGUGGUGUUUUAGUUUGGAUUGAUGUGAUUUUGAUGAUGGAUUAUAGUGAACCCUAGGCGUUAAUCUAGUUUUUUUUUUUUUUUUGUUUGAGAUAUGAUAACUGAGUGUUUGGGCUACCUUGCGGCGUAGCUCGACUAAUGCCGAGUUCUAGAUACUAGUUCGACUAAUACCGAGUUCUAGAUACUAGUUUCCUAAAGACAAACCUCCUAGCUCCGGUGGCCCCAAGGUUUUGAACAUUUGGCCUUAGUGAGAUUCGACCUUGUGACUACUUGGGGGAAAUCUCGGCCAAACCCGAAGAUAGAAAGGUGGGUAGAUUAAUCGAGGGGAACCAUUUUUGGGUACUUUGUUGACUUGCAUAUACUGUGAUUUAGUAAGCAAAGCCAUCACAACUUUAUAACAAUAGCUGCAGCAGAUUAAGUUUAUUAGUCGAUCUUGGUUAGGGUUUCAGUUUAUAUUAGUGUGGGGUUCGGUUUGAGGGUCAGCAAGUUCGAUUUGGUCUCUGGCUCCCUUCGCGCAGCACAGCUCGCCUUGCCUGACUUGCAACAAAUCACUAGGGCUGGUUGCAGCCUAGUGACCCUCCGACGAUCAAGUUAGAUCAAGGAAGGAGACGGUAGGUCAAGGGUUAGGGUGAAACGGCGUACCUCAUUAGGUUAUCCUCCCUUUCCUUCUUAUAGACCUCACCUUACUUGGCCUCCAAGUAGGCACAUGGUAGGUACACUUGGGUAACCAUCUCGGGUGACGUCACAUAUGACGUGCCGGAUGAGGCAGUUUACGGAGCACAUGGCCUGAGAUGGCCAUAAUGAUGAUCCACGUGCUGUAACCGCCUUGGCCUACGUCACUAUGACACACAUGGCCGAGCAGUUCGGGUGCACGAGGGUAGGGUCUUGGUUCCAACUUGCCCGAGCGUAAUCAGUCCGGCCUAGCUCGGUGUCCCCGAACGAUUUGAUCGAGACACCGUGCUGCGUGCAUACAUUGUGGAGACUCUGCCUGGACAACGCGAACCCGUUUGGUGGUAUCGGCUUGGUAAUGGUCCGAGCCCAAUUUCCGGGGCCACUACAAUUAGAACUGGUUAGUCAAGCAGAAAUCAGUCUAAGGGUGAUGGCGGACAUGGACCUGGAUGAUCUAGAUGGUCUGAGCCGGGUUCCAUCUAGAAUCAGUAGAUUCGCCCCCAAGAACUCUAAACUCAAAGCAAAGUCAGAACCCCAAGAAUUGAAUUCCUUUCCUAUGAAGAAGAAGAAAGAAGAAGUGUAUUCCAUUCACGAUUGUGAAACAAUGAACCAAGAUGACUGUGCCAUCAAAAUGGAUCUCGCUGUCAAAAUGGAUGUCGAAGCCAAGUCAGAAGGCCAAGAAGCGAAAGAUGAAACAAUGGAGGAAGUCAACGAUGAUGAUAGAGUUGUUCGAGAAAUCGACGUCUUCUUUACUCCUCAAAUUGAUCCCAGCACUCAGCUUUAUGUUCUGCAAUAUCCACUUAGGCCCUGUUGGCGUCCAUAUGAAUUGGAUGAACGAUGUGAAGAGGUUAGGAUUAAACCGUCGAGGGCUGAAGUUGAAGUUGAUUUGUCUAUUGAUGUUAAUUCCAAGAAUUAUGACACUGAUGCAGAUCCCAGAGUGAUGAUGACAAAGCAGACUUUGUCAUCUUCAAUGAAGCCAACGCAUGCAACCGGCUAUGCUGUUGGGGUGCUAAUUGGAAAUAAGUUGCACAUCAAUCCUAUUCGUGCAGUUGUGCAGCUUCGACCUUCAAUGGAACAUCUUAAGUCUGAUGGCUCUAAAAAGAAGAGUGUCACGUGCAAUGUAGAAGCUACAAUUAAGUUGGAAGAUCCCAAGGAUGAAAAAUCUGCAGGACCAUCGAAGAAAGUGAAAAAACUACCAGGGACUAUGAAUGGUCGUAAUGAUGAUCUUGAGGAGAGUUGGAUGGCACUCAAGUACCAUUCUUCAAAGAGUGAUUACUCAAUCAGAUGUCUAAGAAAAAUGGAAGUAGAAGAAAGCGCUCCUAUACAAUUUUCAAUGAGCCCGUAUGACUAUGUCAGCUCUUUGUGUCCUGGUGCAUUUAAUGACAACAUCAAAUCCCAAGGUCCUUCAACAAGGUUUUUGCGUUCAUUGCCCCUGGAAGAACGUUUUAAGAUAUGGUUUCGUGAGGGCCCUCCAGCAAAUCGUCUACAAACUCUGAAGAAGCACCUCGCUCCUGAUGAUUCCAUUGAAGAUGUGCUUGGAGUCCUCCAAAAACUUGCUCACCUUGUACAAGGACUCUGGAUUCCAAAAACGCCACUGCUACUUGAAGGAGGAGUUGAAGGUCUAGCUAGAGAUUACUUUCUUCUUUUGUUUAGUAAGAAUCCUGUAAUCAGCUAUGAACAAGUGAAAGCUGUGGGUUCUCGUGGUCAGCCUUUAAAAGAUGCUGUAAAAGGCGUGUUGAGCAUUUUAGCUGUUGAGAGACCCGAUUUACAUGGCUGGAAGUUUAAAGAGUUACCAGAUGUGUCAUCGGAAAAUGAGUCAUCAGAUGAGAUGUUCGUGAAACUGUAUUCGGAUGUUGUUAAAGAGCAAGAAAAAGCUUGGGAGCGUGCGGAGAAGCCACUAACUGAAAGUAUAUUUGUGGGUGGGAGGGGUGGUUUAAAGAAUUCUUCAAAGCCUGAUACGGCUAAUCGGGUUGGAACAUCCAAAGUUCAAAGUAAAGGUGCAGCAAAAUCUUCAAAUGGAGCUGUUUCCCGAACUCCUAUGUCAAAUGAAACUCGAGAAGCUCUACCCAAGGUCUUACAGAAACUUUUCCAAACACACAGUGUUUGCAGCUUUCAACUGAUUUGCCAACGUUUGCGGGAAAUGGCAAUUUCUGAGUCUACUCGUCCCAAGGGGGUAGCUAGAGAGGUAAAAGCAGCAGCAAUUGCCCUUGAUGCUCCUCAAGAGGAGCUGCUGGAAUUGAUUGGUCAAGUUGCUAUAAAUAUCCAUGGCGUAUAUGUUUCGAGGUCAUCUAUAGACCCCCAAUAUGAUCCUUUAAGGAAAAUAGUCAUUGAUCUUCUUAUUGCUGAAGGGCCUAAUGCAAAGCUUAAAAGGGCUGCUAUAGUUGAAGCUGCCAAGAUGCAACUUAAUCAGGAUAUUGCUCCCAAUGCAUACCAAAAGGUCUUGAAUGAAUUAUGUGUAUCUCAAGGUUCUGCAUGGGUCUUAAAACGCGGUGAUGGAAAUCCUAAAUAGUAUUCACUUCAUCUAUUCUCCGCAAAUCAUAGCCUAAUAAGAUAUGCACAUGCUUGAAUAGUAUAUGCUUACCAAUUGAAUCGUUUAGGACAAGAAGGUAACAAAUAAGAGCAGUUUCACUGACCCAUAAACAAACUAACUUACAUGCCGUUGAAUUUCUUUCAGAAUUUUUGAAGCGAGCGUGGAUUGGCUUGACAUAGUUGACUAUGAACAACAAAAGUUGUAAUCUUGAUAUAUUCUUGCUCAA